GAGUCCACGUAGCCUUGUUCACUCUCACAAACAUCCCACCCUCCUUUGAGUUUCCUCUUCUUACUCUCUCUUUCCAAGUCGAAUAUUAGAGAAAGAUUCCUCAGAUCCGGGCAUCCUCCGCGUCGCGUACAUCUGAGCAUUUCAAUGGAUCCACCUAUUCCUGAGAACGCAGAGAAGGUCUCGGAGCCUUCUGGUUCAACUACACGUCCUGACUCUGUUCUCUCCGAUGUCUCUGAGAUCCCAGAUACCGAACUACGCCAAACGCUCAAAGAACGCCAUGUGAAUAUGAUAGGCUUUUCCACGGUUCUUGGAGUAGGCCUUUUUCUUUCUGCCGGAAAGGCCAUCUUUAUGGCCGGGCCUGGUGCUACUGUCCUAGCAUACAUCAUAAUGGGCACAGUGAUGUGGUCCGUAAUGGCUUGUUUGGGCGAGAUGACUGCCUUGUUCCCUAUCAAAGGUCCCAUCUUCGAAUUCCCACGUCGGUUCGUCGACCAGUCAAUCGGUUUCGCGAUUGGGUGGAUCUCAUGGUUCUCCUGGACUGUCAUAGCCGCAGUGGAAAUACUAGCCAUCACUGAGAUCUUUCGUUUUCGAUUCGACCCCAAAUACCUUCAGAGUGUCGGAUAUCCUGAGGAUCGAGUGGAAUGGAAGGCUGGCCUUGAUACAAACCCUGCCAUUUGGGUGGGGAUAUUCCUGAUCAUCAUCCUUUUGAUCAAUCUUCUACCAGUUCGCCAAUACGGUCGGGUCGAGUACGUAUUCGGAUGCAUCAAGAUCAUUUUUCUAGUUGGUGUUAUCAUGUUCAACAUGAUACUGAACGCUCGCCAGAAGUUCCACGACACUAGGUUCUGGACGUACGAGACUCCUUGGGGAUUCUCUAGAGCGAACUUCACCGUAAAGGCUUACCGAGACGGCUCCCCCAAAAUCACUUAUACUGGCUCUCUUGGCGGCUUAACUUCGUUCUGGACAACAAUGACAACAACGCUUUUCUCCUUGAUGGGCUGGGAAAUCAUUCUAUACACCGCUGCAGAAAACCGUGACCUCCGAAAGGCAGAGACGAUUAAGCUAGCGACACGGAAGAUAUCGCUCCGUGUUAUUCUGCUCUACGCUCUCGCAGCCUUCACAGUAGGUUUGAAUGUGCCGUACACAGAUGAUCAUCUGCGGGAUCUUACUCUUCUCGGGGUCCCAGGCGGCCAGAAUAGUGUCUUCGUUAUUGCUGCAAUCCGGGAACAUGUCAAAGGCAUUCCGCAUUUGAUCAACGGCUUCUUCAUAUUUUCGGCAUGCAGCACGGGAGUCAAUUGCCUGUAUGCCGCGUCCAGAACGUUGCAUGCUCUCGCUAGCAUUCGAGAUGCGUGGCCGUCGUGGACUAUUUUCGAAAGCAUUCGAUCGAGGCUAGAGCGCACCCGCUUGGGUGUUCCAAUGAAUGCGGUGUUCGUCAGCUGGCUGGUUGGCUUCGUCGCAUUCCUCUCAACAAACUCGGUUCAGAUGGAGACGCUUGGACGAAUGUCGACGAUCACGGUUGUCGCUAAUUUAAUCAUUUACGCAGUGAACUGCGUCGCCUAUCUAAAUUUCUACCGGGAGGUCAAUUCGGCUGCAAGAGGUGAUCUCGACGAGGACCUCAAUCUUUCCCCAGAAAUGCGGGCGCACUAUAAGAGAUCAGCCCGUCAAUACCCUUAUCGAUCUCAUCUUCAGUGGAUCCGAGCAGCAUAUGCUUUCGUUGGUUGUGUACUCAUGAUCAUCUUCCAAGGAUGGCGUACAUUUAUUCCGCCUAUGAGCAAGAAAGAUUUUGUGGCCGCUUACAUCGCAGUCGUUCUUUUCAUUGCCAUUUCUCUGGCGUAUUUCGUGAAGGACCGAGGCUUCUCUCCGCGAAACUGGAGAGUACUUGCACUAAAGCUUUCGGGUCUCGAGUCGGUUGGUCCCAUUGUGGUGGUAUCGGACAGCGUCCUGAAGCCGUGCGACUUCUGCGGUGCAAGGCAUCGACGCGGGCAUCUACACUUCCCGGACAAGAUUCUGUUCUCGAAGAACAAUGCUCGGGCACUGGUUGAAUGGAUCUGGACAUGGUUGAAGUGAGAAAAGCCCUGUGUAUUGAGGGCGGAGAGAAUGGACCGUACUGGAGCAGACCUGAAUACCCACCGUUUACAUUUCGUAGCUGUUGAUACCAAUAAUAUAAUCUGAAUACCGUCUCCCCGUAUUUCGAUUGUAUGAGACACUUGAUUUCAAGAAACAGCACAAGAAAAAUAUCUCCCAUUACCGGGAAAUUGGACUCAAAAUCGAGUUUGCAGCCCAGAAGAUGACACGGCAGGAAUGCGCUAGCCAAGUACC